UUUUUGUUGCAAUAAGCUUUCAACUUCUGCAUCCUCCCACCGUGCAGACGUCGCCUCUUCACCCGGCGUUCUCCCUCUUCAGACGAGUUGCAAUUUGCACACGGCUGCGUUGCUUAUUUGCACUAAUUAUAAUGUAGAAUGGGUGCAAAUGUUUGCAAUCGGAGUUUCAGCCAGACGGGUGCGGAUUUGGAUCUGUGAAAGUUUGUGUCAGGACAUUUGAGUUUUUCCCUCCAGUGAUGUUCAAAAGCAAGGAUCCAGAGAAACGGCACAUCUUGGCAGGACAGAGCAAAGCGCACAGCCUCCAGGGAAGUGUGCCAAACCAUGAAGAACUGCAGAAUGAUGGGACUUUCAAGCAUUGCCACGAUAACAGCUUCGCUCAGCAGGACCGAGAGACGGAGAAAAAAGUUGCCAGGAGGAGGUUGUACGUGGUUUCCAUCGUCUGUCUGUUCUUCAUGAUCGGCGAGAUUGCUGGAGGAUAUGUGGCAGGAAGCCUCGCGGUGAUGACGGAUGCGGCUCACCUUCUGACUGACCUGGCCAGCUUCAUCAUUAGCUUGUUUUCCCUCUGGCUUUCCUCUAAACCUGCCACUCAGAGGCUCAGCUUCGGCUGGCAUCGUGCAGAAAUCUUGGGUGCUCUGCUGUCCGUUUUCACCAUCUGGGUCGUCACAGGAGUUCUGGUUUAUCUUGCUGUGGAGCGCAUCAUCAAUGAUGACUACAAGAUCGAGGGCCGUGUGAUGCUCAUAACCUCAGGCUGUGCAGUGGUGGCCAACAUUAUAAUGGCUUUGACCCUUCACCAGUCGGGUCACGGCCACAGUCACGGUGGACUCGCCUCACACGGACACAGUCACACUCCCAAGAGAGGAAAAGAAAAGACUCAGACCCCAAACAACAUCUUCUCAAAUGAGUGCAUAGACAUGGAAGAAAACGGUGCAAGAAACGCGUUAGGAAAGAGGGCUCAGCAGGCGAAUGCAAGUGUGCGAGCAGCUUUUGUGCACGUGAUGGGAGACCUUCUCCAAAGUGUUAGCGUGCUCGUCAGUGCCAUCAUCAUCUUCUUCAAGCCCGAAUAUAAAAUUGCAGAUCCGAUCUGCACCUUCUUGUUCUCCAUUCUGGUCCUCUGCACCACCUUCACCAUCAUGAGGGACAUCCUUCUCGUUCUAAUGGAGGGUACGCCAUCGGGGGUGAGGUACAGUGAGGUGCGAGACCAUUUGUUAGCUGUAAACGGAGUCAAAGCAGUUCACAACCUUCACAUCUGGGCACUCACCAUGAAUCAGGCAGUUCUCUCUGCACACAUAGCAAUAGACGACUCGGUUGAGGCCCAGACCGUCCUGAGUGAAAUGACCCAGGCGUGUUUCUCCUCCUAUAACUUCCACUCCAUCACCAUUCAAAUGGAGCGGCAGGCCGACCUGAAGCCUGGGUGUAUGCUGUGUGAAAACCCAAAAAACUAGGAACCCAUAGCAACUAGGACGGCGUUCUUUUACUGUCUCAGAUAAACUGGCGUUACUGUUUUCUACGUGCACUUUGUACCAAUUCCUAUAAUUGUGGGUAUUUAAUGACGAUGAGGAUGGCACAAACUGUAAAAGAAACAAUAGUUUGACUUAUUGCAAAAGAAAAAUUAUAUUAAAAUCUCAUUUGUUUUCUGCUUCCUGAA